AUGCGUUUCCGGGGACCCCUGCACGCUGCCGAGCAAGAGGGGCUGCGAGCAAGAGGGGCAGGUGCCCGCAGCGCCCGGGGCAUGGGUCUCGGCGUGUUUGGGGGCUCCCUGUGGGAUGUGUCUGCGUGGAUCCUUGACUAUGGGCCGAGAGACCCUGCCCGCUGCCUGGACUGCAGGGUCCGCGGUCCAUCUCACGCCCCGUCUCCCCGCGCAGGGCUGGCCAAGGAAUGCGAGGAGGACCAGUUCCGGUGCCAGAACGGCCGCUGCAUCCCCUCUGUGUGGAGAUGCGACGAGGACGAUGACUGCUCGGACAACAGCGACGAGGACGACUGCCCCAAGAAGACCUGUAUGGACACCGACUUCACCUGUGACAACGGCCACUGCAUCCCCGAGCGGUGGAAGUGUGACGGCGAAGAGGAGUGUUCUGACGGCUCCGAUGAGUUCCAGGCCACCUGCCCCAAGCAGGUGUGUCCUGCAGAGAAGCUGAGCUGUGGACCCACCAGCCACAAGUGUGUGCCCGCCUCGUGGCGCUGCGACGGGGAGAAGGACUGCGAGAGUGGAGCGGACGAGGCCGGCUGUGCCACCUCACUGGGGACCUGCCGUGCAGACGAGUUCCAGUGUGGGGACGGAGCCUGUGUCCCUGCAGUCAAGCGCUGCAACCAGGAGCAGGACUGCCCAGACGGGAGUGAUGAAGCUGGCUGCCUAACGGAGUCCACAUGUGAGGGUCCCCGCAGAUUUCAGUGUAAGAGUGGCGAGUGCGUGGACGGCGGGAAAGUGUGUGAUUCGCAGAGGGACUGCCGGGACUGGUCGGAUGAGCCUCUGAAAGAGUGUGGGCUGAAUGAGUGUCUGCACAACAACGGCGGCUGCUCCCACAUCUGCAAUGACCUCAAGAUCGGCUUUGAGUGCACCUGCCCAGCAGGCUACCGGCUCCUGGACCAGAAGACCUGUGGCGACAUAGAUGAGUGCGAGGAUCCAGACGCCUGCAGCCAGAUCUGUGUCAAUUACAAGGGCUACUUUAAGUGCGAGUGCCACCCUGGCUACGAGAUGGACACGCUGACCAAGAACUGCAAGGCUGUUGCUGGCAGGAGCCCGUCCCUAAUCUUCACCAACCGGCACGAGGUGCGGAGGAUAGACCUGGUGAAGCGGGACUACUCACGCCUCAUCCCCAUGCUCAAGAACGUCGUGGCGCUAGACGUCGAAGUGGCCACCAAUCGUAUCUACUGGUGUGACCUCUCUUACCGCAAGAUCUACAGCGCGUACAUGGACAAGGCCAGCGACCCGGCAGAGCAGGAGGUCCUCAUCGACGAGCAGCUACACUCUCCAGAGGGCCUGGCGGUGGACUGGGUCCACAAGCACAUCUACUGGACCGACUCGGGCAACAAGACCAUCUCGGUGGCCACAGUCGAUGGCAGCCGCCGACGCACUCUCUUCAGCCACGACCUCAGUGAGCCCCGGGCCAUCGCCGUCGACCCCCUGCGAGGGUUCAUGUAUUGGUCUGACUGGGGGUACCAGGCCAAGAUUGAGAAGUCUGGGCUCAACGGUGCGGACCGGCACACACUGGUGUCAGACGAUAUUGAGUGGCCCAACGGAAUCACCCUGGAUCUGCUGAGCCAGCGCUUAUACUGGGUCGACUCCAAGCUGCACCAGCUGUCCAGCAUUGACUUCAGCGGCGGCCACAGAAAGAUGCUGAUUUCCUCCCCCCACUUCCUGGGCCACCCUUUUGGGGUGGCUGUGUUUGAGGACAAGGUGUUCUGGACAGACCUGGAGAACGAGGCCAUUUUCAGUGCAAAUCGGCUCACUGGCCUGGAAAUCUCCGUCCUGGCUGAGAACCUCAAUAACCCGCAUGACAUCGUCAUCUUCCACGAGCUGAAGCAGCCAAGAGCUGGAGAUGCCUGUGAGCUGAGUGCCCAGCCCAGCGGCGGCUGCGAGUACCUGUGCCUGCCUGCUCCUCAGCUCUCCAGCCACUCUCCCAAGUACACGUGUGCCUGUCCCGACACCAUGUGGCUGGGCCCCGACAUGAAGAGGUGUUACCGAGCUCCUCAAUCUACCUCAACUACGACGUUAGCCUCUACCACAGUGAGGCCCGAAGCUGACUCUGCGAGAGCGCCUGGGACCGCCAUCCACAGCCCCACCCACCAGAACCACAGCACAGAGACGCCGCGCCUGGCAGCUGCAGCCCCAAGCUCAGUCAGUGUUCCCAGGGCUUCCAGCAUCGGCCCGUCUACCCCAAGCCCUGCAACCAGCAACCACUCCCAGCACUACGGGAACGAAGGCGGCAAGACGGGCUCAACGGUCACUGCUGCUGUCAUUGGGAUCGUUGUGCCCAUGGCGGUGAUAGCCCUCCUGUGCAUGAGCGGCUACCUGAUCUGGAGAAACUGGAAGCGGAAGAACACCAAAAGCAUGAACUUUGACAACCCCGUGUACAGGAAAACAACCGAGGAGGAGGAUGAAGAUGAGCUCCACAUCGGGAGGGCUGCUCAGAUUGGCCAUGUCUACCCUGCAGCAAUCAGCAGCUUUGAUCGCCCACUGUGGGCAGAGCCCUGUCUUGGGGAGACCAGAGAACUGGAGGACCCAGCCCCUGCCCUCAAGGAGCUUUUGGUCUUGCCGGGAGAACCAAGGUCACAGCUGCACCAACUCCCGAAGAACCCUCUUUCCGAGCUGCCUGUCGUCAAGUGCAAGCGAGUGGCAUUAAGCCUUGAAGAUGAUGGACUGCCCUAAGGAUGGGACCACUCCCUUCAUGCCUCACGGAAUUCAGUUCCAUGCACUACACUCUCUGGAUGGUGUAUGCCUGGACGGAAGGAUUUCUGUAUGGGUCUGUGUGAGUGUGUGCGUGUCUGUGUGUGCGUGUAUGAUUUUAAUUUAUGUUGCAGAAAGGUAACCACAAAGUUAUGAUGAACUGCAAACAUCCAAAGGAUGUGAGAGUUUUUAUAUGUAUAAUGUUUUAUACACUUUUUAACUGGUUGCACUACCCAUGAGGAUUUCAUGGAAUGGCUACUGCUGAGUGACUAACAUGAUGUACAUAACCAAAUGGGGCCGAUGGUACAGUAGCUUACUCAUCAUUUAAAAACUAUAUUUACAGAGAGAAUAUUUGAUUUCGGGGGGGCUUUUUUAGGUUUUGGAGUUUUGGGGUUUUUUUUGUAAAUAAAAUGAUUAUGCUUUGUGGCUAUCCAUCAACAUAAAAAAGAAAAGAAAAAUAAGCACCUCAACUCCCUCCCCAAUUUAGAUUAUUUAUUAACAAACUUCAUAAAUAAGAUUAGUUCUAUAAAUCAUUUAGAGACAUGAGAGUAUUUAUUUUUGGUAUGAUUGGCCCACCACACAGACUCUGUGUGCAUUGUGUUUGUCUGCAUGUGUGUGCAAGAGAAAACUCUAGAGAAGAGGCGCACCUAUGGCGGUUGUUCGAUAGAUAUAUUUUAAGCCAGUCCACAGAGGGUAUCUGGAGUUUUCAGAGAAUUAGCCUUUGGAACUCUGGCUCAGAGAACAGACACCAUGGUGUGUGCAAACAUGUAGCGGCAGAGGCGGAACCUCCCCAGCUCUGGCUAUUCCUGGGACCCGACUCGGGAAAAGCCCUUCAGCUCACCCGUGGCUGCUGGGACUCCCCCCUGGGCUUUCUCUUAUGUGGCUAAGGCCAGCGUACAGACUUUACACGGUGCCAGAAGUCCUCGUGAGCUCAGGUGAGAACAUGCCUAAACCUUGGCUACUCCUGUUUUAAAGUUCAGCAUUUCAAGUAACUUCAUUUUCCUUCAGGACACUUGGGUUGAAUUCAUUAAGGUUGAAUUCCUUACUGAUAGAGAGCUAAGUGGAGAUGUUUCCAGAACAGCCCAAGUUUACUCUAGGGACUGGCUUAGGCACAGAACCCCUGGGAUGCACUAUGGAUGAGGAUAAAGAUGGUGGAAUAAGUUUUGUUACAUCUCCAUCUCUCCCUUCCUUACUCUCCCAUUUCCUUUAGGUGGGGAAGAGUAAUACUUAGGUUUGUUGCCAUCAUGUGUUCGCAUAGAUGAAACUAAUGUGGGGCUUAAGGCAGUAAAGGUGGACAAACCUAAAGUCCUAUUUGAGGGGGAAAUGGCAUCCGCAAUAUUAUAGGACACUGGAUAUAUGUUCACACAGAAGUUUGGUUUACUGCUUUGUAAAUAAAAGGAAGAACUCUAGGUCUAUGUACAGCUUUGCUUCACCAUGGACACUUCCUUUGCCUCUCCUGGGCCUUGGGGUGGCGGGGAGAAGUGUUCAUCUCUCUUUGUGGGGUCUACCAUUAAAAACAUAAUCCAAUAGUCCCAGAAGGAAUUCAGUCCCCGCUGGCUCUAUCGUCCAAGGUCUUUUCUUAACUCUGCUGUUCCACACUGUACUCCCACUGGACAACCAGGAACAAGAUGUGACACAGCGUGUUUGGCUUCAGUAGGGGCAGAGGACAUGUACCUAACCUCAGCAUACCUGGAACUUGGCCCAUGUAAGCAAAUUCCUCUCCCCUACUUCCAAGUUGCCCCCAACUCAGUAAACCUUGGAUGUCUCGCCCAUUGCUACCCUUUGAGUUUCCAGACAGACAUUCUGGAGUUCUGUCACCCUGUUCCUAGGACCUUUCUUUCUCUCCGUCACUCAUGAUCUGCUAGAUUCUGGGAAAACAACCGUAUUCUGGAGCCUGGGCACUAUGCUUUGAAAAAACAAGCAAUUUCCUCAUGAUAUGUAUGUGCUGAUAGUCCUGAAACGUCCAUUAAGAGGGAAAGAUGCAUUGACUUAGAAUGACUGUUACCAAAUAGAAUUUUAAAAACAUCCGGCCAACUCCUAUGGAGCUUAAUCACUUACUACUAUUCUUUCAAGAAUAAAAAGUAAAAUAAUUUUUGACUGGAGAAAAAUUAUGAAAGUGAAAAGUCAUUGAAAUUUACACAAAAACAAGCAACUUUUUCUGUAACCUGCCUCCAAAGAAAUAGAAUUUCCUGGGGAAAUUAUAAUAGUGUCUAAUGCCUAAUAUCUAAACUUUCAGUCAGAUCCUGGCCUUCACAGAAAAAAUAAUGAAUGGGAUCAGGAUGAUUCAGCCUGAUAUCUCAAAAUGAAGAUGAAACACAACUUUCUCAGAGAUACCCAUGUUUUCUGAAUAUGCUGCAACUGCAGUUUGAAAGAGGCAGCUAUGGGAGCAGCCUACAAAAAACCAAAUUGUGGAAUACUCACGUGUUGGAUGGUAGUAACGUAGAUGAAAUCCGAGGACUCAAGUCCAUCCUCUAGCCCUGAAGGCUUUAAGCGUCAUUCUGAGGUUUAGUUGCAUUUCUGUUGCUUUUUGCCCUGAUGCCGUCAUAUACCAACAGUCGGGAACAGGUCAGAGAGUCAUUGGACUAUACGUAGAGCUGGAGGACGCUUAGAAACAACACCAAGAGGGCAGAAGGUGUAUCAGACCAUUGUUCUCUAUUUAAAAGAAACGCUGCGGUCCUUUUCCUCCCUUUUCUUCUCCAGUUGACUACUUUGCACUGCCUGAACAUUGAACCAAACCUGCCACCUAUCUUUCCAACAGGAUUAUGAAGGCACUGGCAGAAAUGGCCUUCCAGAAACAGGGAAAACUACAAUGUCAUUUAUUUACUUUUGAUGGCAUGAUUAUUUUAAAAAUAGAUGGAGAUAACCUGUAACCUCAGGAUGAGAUUGGAUUUAAAUUUAUGGCAAUAAACACUGUGGAUCCCUCCAAUUCUCUCUUGGCGAUUGCAAUAUAUGCAUUCAAUGAACCCAUUUGCUAGGUAUCAGCUAAGUGUUGGGCACUGCAGAAGUAUAGGUCAGUCAAACAUUUUCUGUCCCUGUGGCACUCACAGUGGCAGUAGAGGAAGACGUGGAAACAAAAAAAGAAUAGAUUCUUUUCAGAAUAAUGUUAUGAUACUAAGUGGUCAUUUCUACCGAAGGAGAUAAUGGGGUCAAGAAAGCCACCACAGGAGAAGUGACCUUAAGUCUUAAAAACUAAGUAGGGAUGUCAGGCUGCUUCAGGCAGAAGAAACACAACUAAGACACAGAGGCAUGAAACGGCAUGGGGACUUUCAUGAACUGCAUGUAAUUCAUUACAAUGAGCAAAAAGCUCAAGGGGGACGUAGCAAGCAAUGAGCUGGAUGGAAAGACAGGUUCAACAUAAGCACUUUAUAGAAUACUCCUAUUUAACUUCUGAUUUAAUUAAGCAAACAUUCCUUGGUCAUUCACUGUGUGCAAGGCACCAAGUGCACGGGAAAUUCAUCAGGAUGUGUUGCCAGCACUUGGAGACAUGACAGUCUUGAGCCUCAAGCUUUCCGGUGGCCAAAGAGACACAGUGACUGUUUUUCAUAUAUUCGAGUUGAAGUUUUGUGAUAUGGUCUAUGAAAACUAAUAUAAGGGCAGUGGGAUUUUCACAGAAGCAUUCCAUGUUGCCAAGAGCCUCUGAGAUUUCUUCCACAGAGAGAAAGAAAACUGGGAGUUUUGAAGACGUGGAGUUUGCAGAGGGGACCCCAAGAACUGUCCAGUCUGGCGCUUGUGGGAACUGGGGAGAGGGCACAGGAAUGUGAGCCUCCCCACCUCACUCCCUAACGUCAGCCAUACACUCAUUUCACAGAAUAGAAAUGGUUAGCAGUUAACCGGCUCAGAGUAAAUUAUCUCCUUUCCCAUCAAUGCAUGAAGAUAAGGUAUUGGAGUCUUUUUACAUGGUAUUUUUAGAGUAUUGGGGAUUUUCAGGAUAUGGAGAACUUAGAGGUGGAGGAAUUACAGCUUCAAAUUUCCAGUCAAUAAAAGAAAUCAGGAAUCCCUAUUCAUUCAGGCUAUGCACCAUGUGCAUAGUCAGGAGUCAGCAGAAACCCUCUGUAUUUGCAAACACUUUGUGCUAUAAAAAAUAAUUUUAAAAGAGCCACCUGUAUAUGUAUAUAUUUAAAGACAUGAAGGUUUUGAUACUUUUUUACAAAAAUUACAAGAGAAAACAAAUACCUGUACAAACCAUGUGUUUUAAAAUAGCAUUUUGUUCUAUACAAGCUGUUGUUAAUUUGGGGGUGAAGUACUGUUUCGCAAACUCCAUCACAUUGUACCCAAACGAAUUUUCCCUGUUUGUCUCCCUCCCCCCCCCACACACACAUGUCCCCAAAUUACCAUAUCUGAUGUUUGAUGUAACAGGCAUGUUAGAAUGUUGGGUCACACUAACCAUCCCUGCUCUCUUUGUCUUAUUCCAAAUUCCAUUGUCUUCUGUCCUCAGUCCCCUUUGCAGUCUGGCCUCUCUUCCAGAGGCAACGGGUGGUGUGCUGCGUCUCACUAGCUGUACCGGCAUCAUCUUGGUGAACUAAAAAGCAAAUGUGGACAUUUGUAAAAUCAGUGCACUGUUUCUAGAGAAAGAUUAAAUUCCUUUUUUAAAAUCUGGAA